AUGAAUCGUCAAAUUAUCGUAAUAAUUCGAAUUAAAUUUUUUUAUAAUUUGAAAAACAACUAAAAAUGGAAAUUUUCAGGCGUCCCCCCUAUUUGAUUACUCGAUAACGCUCAUAUGUACUAGAUUGGGACGUCUCUUCUUACAAAUAGGGUAUUUUUCAUGUGAGUUUGGGUAUCAUUCCGAGUAGCCCCCAAAAAUUUGAUAAUUCAGAGCUCCCCAGAAUGAUAGAUCACAUAAAGUAAACUCUAUGUCAUCUAUCAUCCCGUGAAAAUCUGAAAUAUUAAAUUUCUGGGCUAUUCAGAAUGAUAGAUCUUCAAAAUCUGAAGAAUUAUCUCAUUUUUCAUUUUUUUUUCUAGAUCUUUAUUAUUAUGCGGAUAUUAUUGUUAUUAUUACUAAUAUUUUGUGUGAAUUUAUACGCGAAUGAGCAUGAUUCGGUGAGUUUUAGGAAUCUAAAGCACCCUAAAUACAAAACCAAAUCCAAUUUAGUUAUGUGAAAAUGGCGAUGAAAAUUGUGUAGAACCUCAUCACACAGUGAUACGACUAGCUAAACGAGAUGAUGAAUUGGCUCGACAAAUCGCCGAAGAACACGGAAUGGAUGUGAAAGGCGAGCCGUUCCUCGACAGUCACUAUUUUUUGUAUCAUAAAGAUUCGACAAAAACACGGAGGCAUAAACGAGCGGUUUAUGAACGAUUGGAUAGUCAUCCUGCUGUUGAAUGGUCUGAAGAACAACGACCAAAACGGAGAACCAAAAGAGAUUAUAUUCAUUUGGAUGAUGUAUGUUGUUGUUUUUUAGCAAUUAAACGCUGAUUACAAUGAAAACCAACUUUUAGGAUGUGCGGCAUGUUCGUCGAUCUGUUCUCAGCGGCACUUCUACACCUCGCCGAUCCUUUCGUCAAGUCGUCCGAGAAAUUCCAGUUCUCCCAUUUCCUGACCCAUUAUACAAAGAUCAAUGGUAUUUGCAUGGUGGAGCCGUUGGCGGAUAUGAUAUGAAUGUUCGUGCCGCUUGGCAACAAGGUUAUGCUGGACGAAAUGUUUCGAUUUCGAUUUUAGAUGACGGAAUUCAAAGGUUUGUAAGGAGGCUAGGGCAAAAUAGGCCGAUUUUCAAGAAUAAAAUCAGCUUUCCAUCAGAAAUAAUCUAAGUAUUCGCGCUUAAUUGACAAUUUUGAACCAAACCCGUGAAAACGAAAAAAACUCAGCAUCUCCUGGCGUACACUUUUGCGAACAAAAAGUGUAGCUACAUUGUUGUAUGACGCACGCUACAAACAUUGUACGCACAUCCUACAAAAAACUCUACAAAGAUCCUACACUUUUCCUUUUUUGAACGAAAACCGUACACCGAAUUUCGAAUCGAUUUUUUCUUUUUGCGCUGCGAUUUAGGAGAGAUUAAAACUAGAAAAUAUAACAAAUCAUUUAUGGAUCAAUAGACUUUUAGCACAUUAAAUAAAUAUAAUAACAAAAAUCUUCAAAACAUAAUAAAAAAAGUUAGAAAUAUAAUUUUUCCGAAGAUUUUUUGAGAAUGAGUUGGUUGUUGAGGGUUGAGUGGUUGAAGUCGGGGUUGAGGGGUAGAAGUCGGGUUGUGGAGCAUGUGCAUAUUGUCGUUGAUAUUCAGGUGACUUUACUGCGAAUCUUCGGUCGAAAUUGUCCCGAUGUUAGCAUUGGGCGUAGGUGUAGGCGGAGCAUCAAGUGUCAACCUGAAAAAUAGGAUGAUUUUCAACUUUCUAGAUAUUCAUAAACAUCCCAAGUCCCAUUACAUUACUACUUAUCAUAAUUAUAAGAGGCGUCUCCACGAAAUGAUCUGCCAACUUCAGAUCACCUACGUUUUGACAGGCGAUUAGCCAGUAAGAUUCCGAAUUCUUAGUCUUCCUAGUAGUCUUCCUCACCUUUAAAAUCAUCUCCUCGAUGAACUCCAGUGAAGAUUCUCCUCCUUUUUUCUGCCGUCAUGAUGCAAAUUCUAGGAGUUGUUGGUUUGAUGAUCUGAAAUUCAACAAAUCGCAAUCAAAUUCAGGUGUAAAAAGAAUAAUAACGAGAAUAAAUAGAAGGAAUGUUAUCGGUCAACUCUGAUUCGCAGUUUGGAUGAAUUUUCGAAAUUAUUUCAAGGUUUUUCUUGAAAAAACGAUAUUUUUUUGACGAAUAAGUUGUUUGAUAGCUUCAAUAAUUAUUUUCAACUUCUAGAAUCCACGCAGAUAUAAUUUUACUAUCAUGAUACCUGAUUUAUACGUUUAAAAAGAAUUUUAGGCCAAAAAGAAAAUAGAAAACAAAAAUAAAAUAAUAGCCGCAACGCAACAAGCUUGCAACGCGGUCCUACAAUGUAGCUACACUCGCGAAAAGUGGCAAGUGUACAAAAAGCGUAGAAAGAGUGUAGGGAAAGCGUACGUUAUCGUGCGCAUUUUGUACGCCAGGAGAUGCUGAGAAAACAAAAAAAAAUUCACAAUUUCUGCAAUAUGUCGUCAGCGUGUUUGCACAUACCGUAUACCUUUUUUUGAAAAACCCAUAGCGCGCCACGAUAUUUCUGCAAACACCAUCACGGCAAAAUGCAAUAUCGAACGAGAAAAAUCGCUUUUUUCCAGGGACCAUCCAGAUUUGGCGGCGAAUUACGAUCCACAGGCGUCGACAGAUAUCAACGAUCACGAUAAUGAUCCAACUCCACAAAACAACGGAGAUAACAAGUGGGGUUUUUUUUCUGAAAAAUUAAAGAAAGUCGAUAAAUGAGAAAUAUUUUCAGACAUGGAACAAGAUGUGCUGGAGAAGUCGCUGCACUCGCUGGAAACAACGAAUGUGGAGUUGGUGUCGCUUUCAAAUCAAAAAUCGGAGGAGUGAGAAUGCUGGAUGGAGCUGUUUCCGAUUCGGUCGAAGCUGCAUCCCUUUCCCUGAACCAAGAUCACAUUGAUAUUUAUUCGGCAUCCUGGGGACCUGAAGACGAUGGAAAAACAUUUGAUGGACCAGGUCCAUUAGCAAGAGAAGCCUUUUAUCGAGGAAUAAAGAAUGGUCGAAAAGGAAAAGGAAAUAUCUUUGUUUGGGCAAGUGGAAAUGGUGGAAGUCGACAGGAUUCUUGUUCAGCUGAUGGCUAUACAACAAGUGUUUAUACUUUAUCAAUUUCCUCGGCGACUUAUGAUAAUCGUAGACCUUGGUAUUUGGAAGAAUGCCCUUCUUCUAUUGCCACAACUUAUAGUUCAGCUGAUUUUAGACAACCUGCGAUUGUUACAGUUGAUGUUCCAUCUGGUUGUACUGAUAAACAUACUGGAACUUCUGCUUCUGCUCCAUUAGCUGCUGGAAUUAUUGCACUUGCGUUGGAGGCAAAGUGAGUCUAUUUUCAACUGGAAAUUUAUUUAACAUAAAAAUUUUCAGCCCCGAACUCACUUGGCGGGACAUGCAACAUCUUGUUCUCCGAACUGCCAACUGGAAACCGCUCGAAAAGAAUCCGGGUUGGUCGAAGAACGGAGUCGGUCGAAUGGUGAGCAACAAAUUUGGAUACGGAAUUAUGGAUGGUGGAAAAUUGGUGGAUUUGGCGAAACAAUGGAAAACUGUGCCCGAACAACACAUUUGCACGUAUGAAUAUCGAUUGGCGGCGCCAAAGUGAGUGUUUUUGAGAGGAGCUGGGGGAUGGUUCUGGAGGGAGAAAAUUAAAAUCAAUAAAAUUCUGAAAAAUGGCGCCAAAAUGUUGAUUUUUAGAUUUUAAAAAUGAGUUUUCGCGAAGAAAUCAAAAAAGAAAAUCUGAAAUUUUAUUUUGCUAAUUUUUCAGCCCUCGUCCAAUCACUGGUCGAUUCCAAAUGAAUUUCACACUCGAUGUAAAUGGCUGUGAAUCCGGAACUCCCGUCUUAUACCUAGAACAUGUUCAAGUUCACGCAACUGUCCGAUAUUUGAAAAGAGGCGAUCUGAAAUUGACAUUAUUCUCGCCGUCUGGAACUCGUUCCGUAUUAUUGCCACCAAGACCACAAGAUUUCAAUGCAAACGGUUUCCACAAAUGGCCUUUCCUUUCGGUUCAACAAUGGGGAGAGGAUCCAAGAGGAACAUGGUUGUUGAUGGUUGAAUCGGUCACUACUAAUCCUGAUGCUACUGGUGAGAGAUUUGGGGAAAACAUUUUCAAAGAACUUGAAAAAUCCAAAAAUUCACUGUUUCAAAAAUUAAAUAUGGGUCUAUGCAGAAUAAUAUAAUUUUUUGACGAAAUCAGGGCGAAAUUGUUCUGUAUUAUCAGUUUGCUUAACGAGUCAGAUUACCAUUUUUUAUAUUUACAAAUGAAAAUUAUUUAAUUUUUGAAACAGUAAAUUUUUUGGAUUUUUUUCGGAUAUAAAAAUUGUUAAGUUUAUCUCUAAAAAAUAAAAAUUGAAUCAGGAAACACGGAAUUUUAAAAAGUUUCACCUGAAAAUCUGAAAAUUUACAAUUCUUGACCCCAUUUUGCAGGCACAUUCCACGACUGGACUCUACUACUUUACGGAACUGCUGAACCAGCCCAACCGGGUGAUCCUGUCUAUCCAGCUUCACCCUCAAAUGCCCAAGGAGUUUUAUCACGUGUUCAACAAUUGACAUCUCAGGUACGCAAUUUUUUCGAAGAUCUUGGGUAGUUUAGGCACGGAAUUUGAGGGAAAAUUUAAGAAAUUCGACAUUUUUUGACCUAGAAUGCAUAGAAAUCACGAAUUUUUUAAUUUUUCCCUCAAAUUUUUGUAUUUUUACUGACUUGUUUGGUGUUGGGUGUACUUAGAAUGGUGUGUGGUGUGACUUUUCAAUUAAUUUAUUUUCUCGAAUUUAUUUCCAACCACCCCUAGGCGCUUGGCUUUAAUUGGCUUUAACUAAUUAUCUAAGUGUGAUUCCUCAGUUUUCAAAUUUUUUGUCCAUUUAUUUUUUGUCGUUGUCCUUGUUCGUUUUUUGUGUAUUUUUUGAGUAGAUCAACAGAAAAUUUACAGUUUUUUGUGAAAAUGAACUUUUUCUUGGCUUUUCAGAGCGUUUUUUCUUUUUUUUUUGGCUUUUUGCAUGACUUUUUUUUUGGUUUUUAACAUGGUUUUUUUUCUUUGUAACCUUUUUUUCUCUUUUUGGGGGAGUUGGCUGAAAAUUGGGAGAAUUUUUGAAUUUUCUGAAAAUUUCAGCUUGAAAACAGAAUUUGCUGAAAAUUUGGAUUUUUUUAUUUGAAAAAUUAGAAAUUUUUAGCUAAAUUUGGUCAAAAAAUGAUUCUGAAAAUCUAGGAAAUUUUUCAAAUUCUCAAAAUUUGCCCAAAUUUCCAGCCCCACUCCCCCUAUCUCUAACCCACGUUUUCUCUGCGUCUCUCACACCUCUCCCCUCCCUCUCCCCACACUCUUUUUUUCUCACUCUCACACUCAUUUCUGCAUGUUUGUGUUGUGGUUUGCAGACACGUCAGCGAAGGCCUCAAGCGUUUUCGCGAGCCCGUCAAAUGCCAAUUCCACAAGGCCAAGCUCAACGGCCGUCCGCAUGGAAUUUCCAGGCCCAAGCCCAACAAAAUCAGGCCCAAUGGCGAACAAAUCCAUUUGUGACCCCGCCACCAGCAAAUAAUAAUAAUAUUGGACAAUGGGUGUUUGAUACGGUAUCGCAAAGAUGGAUUUGGACACGAAGGAUUCGAGCCAGAGCUCAAUCUGAGCAGCCACUUCAUAAAAAACACAAGAGAAGAUAUAAACAUUAG